CAUGAUCAAAUUAUUGCCUAUCCUUGCAACAACUUUAAUUUCAAUUUCUCCAGGACGUGCAUUACUUUUCUCUAGCUGCAGCUGUGGGUUGUUGUGUUUCACAUCCGACUGAAUUCUAAUUGUCUACGACAAAACUCUUGUUCUAUAAUCAUCUUCAAAAACUGCUAUUUGCAUCACCAUAAUCAUCAUCAAAAACCGCUCCAAAAUGGCCACCGCUUUCGACCACAUCUUCGGGUGCGAGCGCGCCUGCACCGUGAAGGACGUGAAGGCCCAGAAGUUCAUCACUGCUUUGGCGAAGCAUAUGGGAGUGUCAGGAUUGAAAUCGAUAAAGUUGAAGCGAUUUCAUUUGUGAUGCAUAAAAUCGAUACCAGUUGGAGGCCCAAUUUUCAAGCGGUGCAUGACAAACUUCGGCACCGUCUAAAUCCAGUCUGUAAUGCUGCUUGGGGACAGAAGGCGUCUUUUGUUAUGCUACUUUAGCAGCUCUAUCGCAGACCCCAAACAGGCUGACAGUCGGCCUCACUUUCCAUCCUGGCAAGAGAGGCACUUCGUGCCUUGCAAUAUUGGCAUGAGAAAUUAUUUCAACUUUGUCGAUUUCGAUUCUAACACUUCCAUAAAGCACAUGAAGCGCCAGGGUAAGUUCGAGCUGCCGCCGUGGGCCGACGUGGUGAAGACCGGCGUGUUAUCAAAACGAAAAAUCCCCCCUCCCCAUAUCAAAACGGAAACUUCUGAUGCUGGAUUUGUGUACACAAAAUCAGCUUUGUAUUGCAGAGAGGCACUGCGGCCAGAUCCCCAGGCUAGGUGGGGGCGCUCAGGUCUAGUCGUUCAGCAUUGCAAACGGCUACCCUCUAGGACCAGCAGCAUGCCAAAUCGCUUCCACAAUUGGGCGGAUGCCUCUGCGCUUGUCUUCUUGCAAGACAAACCUGAUUUGUGGCCACAAAUUAGCAACGCAAAUUUCCGGAAACAUACCUUUUCAAUAUGGGGAGGGGGGAUUUUUCAUUUUCAUACGUGUCUCGCGAGCUGCCGCCCAUGGACCAGGACUGGCUGUACAUCCGUGCGGCCUCCAUCGCGCGUCACAUCUACAACCGUGGCGGCUCCGGCGUCGGUGCCUUCCGGAAGGUGUACGGUGGCCAGCAGCGCCGCGGCACCUGCACCAGUCACUUCCGGAAGUCCUCCGGGAAGAUUAUCCGCUACUGCAUGCAGCAGCUGGAAGAGAUCGGGAUCAUCGAAAUCGACGAGAAGACCGGCGGCCGCAAGAUCACGCCGGAGGGGCAGCGUGAAAUGGACACCGUCGCGGUGCAGGCUUUGGAGGAAGAGGAUGAGGACGAGGACGACGAGUAAUUUGUCAUGCUAGAAAAUGCAUUACAAACGAAACUUACACACCGCAGCAAUAAUGGAGAAAGAAAUAGCAUGACAAGAUAGCGGUCUUCUCUUAUUUGGAAGUAGAGUGAGCUUUUUACUCGCUUUAUUUCCGAAUUUCCCGCUUAUCUUGCGAGUUUCAACACACAGAAGAUUCGUCACUAUGAGUAGGAAGACUACAAAAACUGCAACUACAGCAAAAUGCUCUUACAACGAGAAAAUUUUAUGUUUCACGUUCACCUGUAGGUCGUACACAAUUUCUGUAGUGCUGCGGAGCUUCGUCUGAUAAACGACGCUGCGCAGUAAUUAUUCGAAGUUGUAUAUCCUGCAGUGAAAAACGAGAAGAUGAACUCUGCGUCUCACAAAACAAUGUAUAUGUUGUAAUUCAGAAGGAGAAGAUAGAUUUUCGGGUACUAGUUAUGCUUUGCUCCGAGAGCUUAAGGACUGCUGGUACUUGUGCUCGCAGCCACUGUCCUCGUUGUACCAGGACGACGCAUCAUGGGGUGUGUGUACUUCUCGACCUGGAAGUUUGUCUUCUCUAUGCAAAAAACUACACCACUACCACUUCGAGAACAAACUAUACAGCCUGUACGGAAGAUUGAAAAUAAUUUCAUAAAACCUGCAUCACUGCUACGACAAAAGAACCGAGAGGAAAGAACCACAUUAAAAAGCGGCACGAGAAAAAAUGUAGUAGUUUUAUGAAAAUAUAACAAAUCUGUACCUCAGCAGCUAAAAAACAAUGAUAUAAAAAAGAUGACAUCAAUGCAUCAAGAGUCUGGUCGUGAACUAUAAGGGUACGACGCAAUGUUUAGUUACCUUUAUUAGAGAACCGAAGCUGAAGCAUGAGGAUCUUCGCUAGAAGGGGGGAUCAAUCCAUGAUCUUGAAAGUUUUAUUCGGUGAUGCACUUAAGACUUUAAGAUAACAAAGCAGUUGCCCAGCGGGGACGCUGCAUUGCCGGCUCUGAUACGACCACAGUAGACUGCACUGCAGCAUUUCGCAUCAUCAGGGAUAUUAAAAAUAAAUCGACAGGGAAUGUGUACUAUCUCCCCUUCGAAGAAGUAAGAACUAUGCUUUCUGCGAAUGCGAAAGAAGACCAGCUCUUGAAUAUUGUGGAACACCUCAUCUGCUGCCUCCUUUCACCCGAAGAAAAUUGC